GCUCUCAUUUCACUCUGCAUUACAGCGAGGUGAUCAAUGUUUCUCCUAGUUUUUUCUAUUUAAUUGCUUAAUCUGAUAAUUCAUUGAAAAUAAGAUUUGAUUUUACAGUCUGCAGCAAUGAGCGAAAAGCCACCUGGGUAUGAGGGCCGAAAUUUACUGGGUUUCCAGUUCUACCUGAAACACUCAGAAGAGCAUAAGGUAAUCCAGGGGUUUGUUGACCGGGUUCUCCCUGGAGAGAUCAACAGAAUUGCACAGAGGAAAUCCCAAGUGGAUAUUCUAGGUGUUGGAAGUGGUGGAGGGGAAAUAGAUGCCUACAUCCUGUCUAUAAUGAAGUCUAAACUCCCAGCCACCCCGUUAUCUGCAGACAUAGUGGAACCCAGCAUUGAACUCUCUGACCACUUCAAAGCAUUGGUGAGGAGGACUCCAAGCCUUCAAAAGAUACCGUUCUCAUGGCACACUAUGACAUGUGAAGACUAUGAGAAGCAGGUCAAAGAGAAAGGAAACAUGAAGAGAUUUGACUUCAUACACAUGAUUCAGAUGCUGUACUAUGUAAAUGACUACCCAAGAACCAUCCAGUUCUUCCACAGUCUUCUGAAGGACAACAGCAAACUGCUCAUAGUUCAUGAAGCAGAAACCAGUGGUUGGGACACCCUGUGGAAGACUUACAGGGAUGAGCUAUGCACCAAAACCAUUUCUGACUACAAGUCUGCAGGGGACAUCAAGGUUCACCUUGACCAGCUGGGACUGAAGUAUGAUGAGCACCUCAUCCCAAGAACCCUGGACAUUACAGCCUGUUUCACUAAGGGAGAUGAUAUGGGGGAACUGCUUCUAGACUUCAUGACAGAGCAGGACCAUUUCUACCAGUCUCUGACCCCUGAACUCCAGGCCGGGAUCUUGGAUCUGCUUCGGAACAGAUGCAGCACAGAGAUAGAUGGCAGGAUAUUGUUUGACAACAGCUUGACCUGCCUGUUGGUUCAUUCCUGAGAUAUCUGUUGUCGGAUGGGAAGUCCCAUAUAAAGGCAAGUGCUGUGCCUGUUGCCCUCCUUCUGCCCUCAAGUAAUUUUAAUCUUGUUAAUUGUCUGUGUCGUGGAAAUCACUAAUGGGAAAGGCACAGAGGCUGUAGAUUCUUUUCACAAGUAAAGCUUUAUUCAAGAUUUAUAAACCUGGAGCAGUUAACAACACUCAACAGAGUCAGGUCAAAAGCUCUCUGUUGAAGGUGGAGCUCAGGUCUAUAUACAUUCAGUACAGCCCAAUGUGUCCCCCUCCUUUGCAUGGUUAGUCUACAUGUCUAUGGCUUAGAA